GAGGUUGAGGUGUUGGCUAAGUUACGUCACCCAAACUUAUUGCUGUUCAUGGGAUAUUGCGUCGAGCCGCCGUUGAUUUGCACGGAGUUUAUGCGACGUGGAUCGUUGCACACAAUUUUAAAGUCAGGAAACGUGUUAGAACCGGCGAGGAACCAUGCGGUCGCCAUCGCAGUCGCGCGUGGGAUGUCGUACUUGCAUUCGCGAUCUCCACCAAUACUACAUUUGGAUCUGAAGAGUCCGAAUAUUUUGGUGGACGAGAAGUGGCGCGUGAAAAUCGCUGACUUUGGCCUCGCGCGCAUGCGCCAAACGACACAAGUCAGCGCGAAGAGCGAGUUUCACGGCACGCCAGAGUGGAUGGCCCCAGAGAUGCUGCGUGCUGAAGACUUCGACGAACGUGCGGACUCGUACUCGUUCGGCGUCGUUUUGUGGGAACUUCUCACGGCGCGAAAACCGUGGAUGGAUUUACACCCGAUGCAAAUCGUCGCCGUCGUCGGUUACUCCGAACGCAAGCUCGAACUUCCACCCGAGGGCGUACCCGCCGCCGAUCACGACUUCACCAUCCUCCUCUCUGAUCUCUUCCGCGCGUGUGCUCAAAAAGAUCCG